AUGACAGAAUACAAGAUCGUGGUGGUGGGCACGGGCGGCGUGGGCAAAUCCGCACUGACGAUUCAGCUCAUCAACCACCACUUCAUGGACGACUACGACCCCACCAUCGAGGACUCCUAUCGGAUGCAGGUGGCCGUCGACGGUGUCACCUGCCUCCUCGACAUCCUCGAUACCGCUGGCCAGGAGGAGUUCUCCGCCAUGCGAGACCAGUACAUGCGCGGGGGCCAGGGCUUCAUCUGCGUCUACUCCAUCACCCACCGCUCGUCGUUCGAGGAGCUCGCCACCUUCCGCGAGCAGAUCCUGAGGGUGAAGGAGGAGAGCGACGUGCCCAUGGUGCUGGUGGGCAACAAGUGCGAUCUGGAGAACGCGCGGGUGGUGGCCACGUCGGAGGGCCAGGACCUGGCGCGCUCGUUCGGCUGCCACUUCCUCGAGUCGUCGGCCAAGGCGCGCAUCAACGUCGAGCAGUGCUUCUUCGACCUCGUCCGCGAGAUCCGCAAGCGACAUCUCGCCGACGAGGAGUCACAAAAGCGACGCGGCAAGCAGGCCAAGCGCUGCACCCUCUUCUAG